GCAGCCGUGCGCACUACAAAUACAGCACAUGGUCGCGUUUGGUAGCUGCUUUUAGCGACGGAGUCCACACUGGAAAGCCCCUCAAAAAAAAAAAACUCUCUCAAACUUCGUUGUUGUGAAUUCUCCAUUUAUUUGUUUUGCGAGUUACUGUCACAAAGCGUUUCUCCUCCGUCGGCCGUAAAGCGAGUCCAACAGCCGCCCGUCGUCGUGCACGCCUCGCGAGCGUUACACACUCAAGCGAGCUCCAGGACUUUAAAAAGACACUCUGCACAGCAGCCUCCCUCCCCUCCUCUCCCCGCAGAAGCGAGCAUGUCGACCGGCACAAACGAAGUGAAAAGCUGCCCCAUACCCACCAGGGUGUUCACCCUGAAGGACUGGUCCCAGCUACCCGACUGCUACAGCCAGACACCCGGGGGGACCCUCUUCUCCACCACGCCUGGAGGUACCCGCAUCAUUUACGACAGGAAGUUUCUUUUGGAUUGUCGAAACUCCCCCCUGUCCCGGACCCCCCCAUGCUGCCUGCCCCAGAUCCCCGGGGUGACGGUACCUGCCACACACCCGAUGGGCAAACUGCAGGAUCUCAAGGAGGAGGCAGAGGAGGAAGAGAAGGACCUUGCAGAUGACAACCAGUUUGAGAUGGACAUCUGAGCUCCAGUGUUACCUCCUGUGGAGAGUUAUCAUUUAAAAACAGCUCCAGGGUCAUUCAUGACUAACGCAUUACAUAUAAAGCUUUUUUUUUUUUAUUCAAUAAAAGCUUUUGUGGUGAACCAAAAAAAGAAAGAGAGGAAAAGUUGGUGACAUGUAGGGUGUUUUUGACCCAAACGAGUGUUGAGCAAAGAAAUGCUGUUUAAUGUGCUGAUUGGUGGUCAGAGCUGCAGCAGGAUUUAACAAAAUCCAUUUUGAUUUAACUUUUUUAAAUCUUUUGUAAAUAACAUUGUACAAUGUAGCCUAUUUUUUAAGUUGGGGGAAUACAGGAUGAUUACAUUAAGACAUGUAGAAUUUUUCACUGCAGGCAUCGGUUGUUUUGUUGUAUGCCCCCUCCCUCCACCCACCCACCCCCUCCCUCAAAAAACAAACAGAUGGUUAACUUUCUUUGUGAUAAUAUUGGGGGUCAGGGCCUAUUGAAAAUCAGUUUCUUCUGUUUUUGUAUGGAGGGAGAGCUGAAAUGUGAAUAAUUUCAAAUAAAGGCUGUUUAAACUGCCA